AUGGAGGAUGUUGACGAGGAAGAAGAGCCUACGCGUAUAGAUCUCUCCGCCAAGAAGGGGAAGGAGGUGCAAAACAACCAACUCCCUACCCGGAAGCCAAAAGUUCUGUUUCCCCAAAGAUUUCGGAAUGACAUUGACAACGCAAAAUAUGGGAAAUUUCUCCAAAUGCUACACCAAUUACAUAUUGAUAUGCCAUUUGUUGACGCACUCGAAGAAAUGCCCUAUUAUGCGAAGUUUCUCAAGGAGCAACUGUGCAUAAGGAAAUGCCUUAGAAACUCAAAGAUCCGGGGAUCCGGAGCUUUACAAUUCCUUGCAACAUUGAAUUUGAAUUUGAGCACCCUCAAGCCAACUCGGAUCUGCAUCCAGUUGGCUGAUAGGUCCACCAAGUACCAUCGUGGUUUUUGUAGAGGACGUCUUGGUAAGGGUAGACAAAUUCAUAUUUCCAGUUGA